AGGUCGCGUUUCAGCGAUGGGAAGUUGCUGUUCGUCGAAUGUUUCGGUUCAUCCGUCGGAGGGGUCAGAUAAACUGAAGGACGCGAAGAUCAUCUUUGUUGUGGGUGGACCUGGCUCUGGCAAGGGCACCCAGUGCGAGAAGGUGGUGGCCAAGUAUGGCUACACCCACCUGUCCUCAGGCGACCUGCUCCGGGCCGAGGUGGCCUCCGGGUCUGAGAGGGGCAAGCAGCUGUCUGCUAUCAUGCAGAAGGGAGAGCUGGUCCCCCUGGACACUGUCCUGGACAUGAUUAAGGAUGCCAUGAUUGCAAAGGCUGAUGUCUCCAAGGGCUUCCUGAUUGACGGCUACCCCCGUGAGGUCAAGCAGGGUGAGGAGUUUGAGAAGAAGAUCGGAGCACCCAGCUUGCUGCUGUACAUUGACGCCAAGGCCGAGACCAUGGUGAAGAGGCUGAUGAAACGUGGGGAGACCAGCGGCCGUGCUGAUGACAACGAGGAGACCAUCAAGAAGCGCCUGGACCUCUACUACAAAGCCACCGAGCCAGUCAUUGCCUUUUACGAGGGCCGCGGGAUCGUCAGAAAGAUUGAUUCUGAAGCCGCUGUGGAUGAAGUGUUCAGCCAUGUUGCCAAGGCCAUUGACGCCCUGAAGUAAAUCCAGUAUGACUGGAAGAACUCUCUUUUUUGGUCUUUCCCACACAACAGACACAAAAAAAAAACUGCCAAUGAAUGGUCAGUGACCAACUGACGGGCCAUUAAGAGACAGAUCUGCCUUAAUCCACACCACACCACACCACACCGUUGACGUUACCUCAACAUCAAGGCGGCGUCGCUCAACCCUCCGUCCACGGCCUCGCCCGUCCACUCCGUGGUCGAGGAUCCACGGCCCGCUCAAAACAGAGACCACGGUUACCAUUACAGCUGUCAUUGGCACCCAGGAAAACUCCAAUUUUGUACUUCAUCCUGUCUUCGCAGUCCUUUUAUUCUCUCCUCUUGUAGUGCUCUCUUUGCUCUGACUCCUCUCAUUCUCUCUCACUCCAUCCCUGUUCUGUUCCAUUAAACCACCUUCACAACUCUGA